AUGUCUGGGUCUGAGAUCGAUUAUUCGCCGGAGAAGGAGGUCAACUACGUCCCUGAGAAGGAGAUCGCGUCGGAUUAUACCAACGAUGGCCCAAUAAAUGGAGAGUUGGUCAACGCCUCAGGCCAUCGUCAGGAACUAGAUCGGAACUUUGGCCUUAUCAGUAUUUGUGCUGUGGCCGUGACAACAGGAAACACGUGGAUUGCCCAAGGUGGUAGUGUUGUUGUGGCUCUGAGCAACGGUGGACUUGCAGGAACUAUCUAUGAAUUCAUGGCUGUGUCCGUCUGCUACUGGUUAGUCGCCGCAUCAAUUGCCGAAUUGGCAUCAGGUAUGCCCUCGUCUAGUGGUGUCUACCAUUGGGCAACUAUCACUGCAGGAAGCAAAUACGGUCGCGUGUGUGGGUUCUACGCCGGAUGGUGGAACUGCCUGGCUUGGAUGCUCGGUGCUUCCUCCAUGUCUUUGAUUAUGGCUCAGCAGACCGUGGCUAUGUAUGUACAGAUGCAUCCCGGAUUCGUGCCCUCACAAUGGAACGUUUUCAUCAGCUUCCUCCUCUGCACCUGGAGUUGCUGCUGCGUCGUGCUGUUCAUGAACCGCUUCCUGCCUUACAUUGGAAACCUCGGCAUGUUCUUCAUUCUUACUGGUGUCUUCGUUACCAUCGUCGUGUGUGCUGUGAUGCCUCAUGUGACCGGCUCAGGAUACGCCACCGACAAACUCGUGUGGACAACUUGGCAGAACGCAACUGGUUAUUCUCAGCAAGGAUUCGUCUUUGUGGCUGGUAUGCUCAACGGUGCUUACAGUGUUGGCACCCCUGACUGCUCAUCUCACUUGGCCGAGGAGAUCCCCAAGCCGAGCCGAAAUAUCCCCAAGGCUAUCCUGGCCCAGAUGGGUGUUGGUUUCGUCACUGGUAUCUGCUACAUGGUCGCGAUCUUCUAUUCUAUUAACGACCUCGCGAAGGUGUCCGACCCUAGCACCUUCUUUCCCCUUGCUGAGAUCUACCGCCAAGCCACGGGCUCCCAUGCCGGCUCUGUGGGUCUCCUAGUCGUCGCUUUCCUACCUACCUUUAUUACUGCCUGCGGCUGCUACAUCACCGCCGGCCGUACGCUCUGGACCAUUUCUCGCGACCGCGCCACUCCAUUCUCGGGAUGGCUUGGAACUAUCAGCCCCAAGUUUAAGAACCCCUUCAACGCCACCCUGACCUGCGGUGGCUUCAUCACCGUGCUAGCGUGUAUCUACCUUGGCUCGUCUACUGCCUUCAACGCAUUUGUGGGGUGCUUCGUACAGUUGUCCAGUCUUUCAUACUUCAUGGCCAUCUUCCCUCACAUCUUGACCCGCCGUUCGUCCUUCGUCCCGGGUUACUUCUACAUGAACAACACCAUUGGUUACGUCGUCAACUCCUUGUCCUGUGUUUACAUCAUUGUAUUCGCUGUCAUCUUCUGCUUCCCUUACGCCAUCCCCACUGACGCUGCAUCAAUGAACUAUGCCAGUUUGAUGACUGGUGGUCUGUCCAUCUUUGUUACCAUCUGGUGGUUCAUCCACCAGGGCUCUUAUGUGGGCCCCAAACAUGUCCCGUUGACUGACAAGGCCCUGGCUGAUGAUGCUCGAUAA